AAAAAUAUAAAAUUACGAACAGUUUUGCAAUUAAUUCCCAAACCAGUACCUUAUUGAUCGGCCAUCGCCGCGCCGAACGUUCUUGGUCGCAAAUUCAAGGAUUUCAAUCCUUCGCUCACGCCAGAUUCCCAGAGACAUCAACAUAGAUUUGAUUUUCGCAUGAGGCUUCUUGAGAUUCUCGAUUAGAUUGAGAUUCUUUACAGUGUCCGAGAAGGAGAGGUUCAGAGACCGACGGCAUCGCUGAUUCCGCCCGAAGCGGAGACGAUGCGAUUGGGUGAAAGAUGAUGAAUUGAGGCAUCGUCGUCGUGGAGAAAUGAGUGUGAGCCAUGCGACGGUUCAUCCGGUCGAGGAUCCCCCUACAACCGACGGCGAGGAUGCGCCAAGGGUCAGGAUGAAGGACAUGGAAGGAAUGCCUGGCACUCGCGGAGGACUCGCCUUGCGGUUCUCUCAGUUUAUGUUUGCGGCAGCAGCUCUGGUUGUCAUGGCUACUACCAGCGAUUUCCCUUCCGUUCCUGCCUUUUGCUAUCUUGUUGCAGCAGCUGGUUUGCAAAGUUUGUGGAGCCUCUUGUUAGCCUCCAUUGACAUAUAUGCUCUGUUAGUGAGAAGAUCACUACGGAAUUGCAGGAUAGUCAGCUUAUUCACUAUUGGUGAUGGGAUCACAUCUACUCUCACGUUUGCUGCGGCUUGUUCUUCUGCAGGCAUUACAAUCCUUAUAGACAAUGAUCUAGAUAGCUGCAGAGAGAACCACUGUGUACAGUUGGAAAUCGCAACGGCAAUGGCAUUCAUUAGUUGGUUUAUUGCAUUGCCUUCUUUCUUCAUGAACUUCUGGUCUCUUGCAUCCCGGUGAAUUGGCUAUGAAAAAGAAAUAUAGAAACUUGUAAGAGUAUGAUUUACCCUACUUGUAACAAGUGGGUAUAAUUUGCAACUGAGGGGAUGAAAUGGCUGAUUUGAUCUGGA